AUGAAAAUUCUCAAAGCUGCCGAACGCUUCGAAAUUCACGAAUCGACUGUUAGAAAAUACCUUAAAAGAGGUGCAGCUGCCGAACCAUCUAUGGGCCGAAAACCUGUAUUUAACAAAGCACAAGAGAAGGAGAUAUCUGAUCACUUACUAAACCUCGCAAAAUCUUUCUAUGGUUUAUGGAAGUCGGAAUUGCGUAAAAUAAUUUACGAAUAUGCGGAACGAAAUAAUAUGAAGCAUCCGUUUUGCAAUCGAUCUAAGAUGGCUGGAUAUGAUUGGGUCAACGCUUUUCUUAUGAGAAAUCCAGAACUUAGUAUCAGAAAGCCCGAGGCAACAAGCCUAAACCGCAUCUUUAACAAGACCGAAGUCGAUAGAUUUUUCAAAAACCUGGAAACUGUGCUGGAAAAAUAUCCUACCCUAACUGCUAAUGAUGUCUAUAAUGUAGAUGAGACUGGGAUAUCCACAGUCCAAAAACCAUGCCCAAUAAUAGGGCCAAAGGGUCAAAAGCAAGUGGGUAAAGCUACCAGCUGGGAGAGAGGCCGUAACAUCACCGUUGUCUGUGCAAUGGGUGCUGGUGGAAAAUACAUCCCACCUAUGUUUAUUUACCCACGUUUAAGAAUGACUCCUGCAUUAGAGAGGGGUGGUCCACCUGGAUCUCUUUAUCGUUGUUCAAAGUCUGGAUGGAUAAACGGAGGAUUUGUUUAUUGA